AUGCAGUCCCAGCAUGCGGCUCAUCGUUGGACCGAUAGCUUUGGGUGGGAUGAAGGACUGGCGCGUGCCGUGUCAUGUGCAUCGGACGCGCGCGUGUAUAGCAGUGUAGAGCUGCACCGGCCUCCCGCCGGACUCUCGCUGCAUGCAGUCGAGCAACGGCCCAGGCUAGCAUGGAAAGAGUUGAGCCGCCAGCUCUGGAGAAAAGGAGAUUUCGGAUUCCGCGCUGCGCCUCCACCAAGCGCCCCGCUGCGUCACUGCGAAGGACAAAAGGCGCGCGCGCGUGUUCCCAGCCGCGAGUCGCGUGGCACGCUUACACCCGUCAUGCCCGCCUACCACGGCUCCCUCUCCGCCUCAAAUACAGGCGAUGGCGAUCUCGGCCUGCUUGCCAUGCAGUCCAGCUCGCCAUCCACCUCCUUCGAGCCUGCAGACCAUGCCGAUGCACGCGCAGCCGCGCUGACCGCCAUCCCCGCCUACCCAGGAACACCGCCCGCCGAACCUCCUGCCGCAGCAUCGUCGUUCACGCAUUCAUCUGCGUCAAGCCCCGGCGCGCAGCUCCAGCCGGCCCUCGCACCAAACGCAACUUCAUCAGCCCCUCCUUCUGCAUUCGCAGCCCUUUCGCUCGAGGACGAGCUGGGCCAACCUAACACAUCCCGCUCCGAUCUUGCACCAGCCACGUCUCCACCUUCCACCCUUCCCGUCUCCCACCGAAACAGGCAGCAUCUGCAUACCAACAGCCACUCCUCCUCCAGCGACGCCUAUACCUCGGCCGCAGAGAGCCCGGCCUCGGACCGAGCGCAUCGCAACCCACCUGCACCGUCUCGAGCCAUCGAGCUGGCCUCCGCAGCACCCCUCCAGGCUGUCACCAGCUCGUCCACGCCGCCAAACGCCCCACCUGCCUCCGUCUCGCAGCAGAGCAUCGCGUCGGUCUCCACCAUCACACAGGCGCGCCUCCCCACCUCGCGUUCGCUUGCCUCUCACGUGUCUUCUGCCGACAAGCACGCGCUGAGCCUCGAACAGGAACUAGACGCCGAUCGCGACGCGGAAUCCUCGUCCAACGCACACGACUCGGACACACGCACCACCCACUCGGCCGCCCUCGCCCGCUCCUCGCGGCGCAGCAGACGCUCCGGCUUGCCACCGCCCCAGGACCGCCUGCCCGUCGGCGAAGGAGGUCCGCACGCUCCGCCCCGCAACGCUUCCUUCCGCGACGCUUCCAAGCGCCUCUCGGUCGGCGCCGGCUACGGCGAUCUCGGCGUGGAUGCCUACGCGCCUUCGGGUAUCGCUCCCUCCUCCCCUUCCAUGACCAGCUUCCUCGACCUGGACUCGCCACGCACCUCCGAAUCCAGCACCACCGGUCGCUACAACGUGCCCGGCAGAAGAACUUCGCUCCACGCACCCUCGCCUCGCACGUCCACCUUUCCCGUCCCGCCAGGCUCCGCUCCUGCACCACCAUCUACCUCAUCCGACUCACGCAGGCAGACUGGCCAAAAGUCGUCACGGCCCGGCUCGAGUGCCAGCAAGACAGCUCGCGCAGCGACCCAGUCGAGCGCAUCACCAGCUGCCUCGGUGUCGACACACUCGCCUGGAACCUCGACACCUGCCAGCUCGCUCAAGCUAGACCGCGAAGCCAUGCAGCGCUGGGUGCUCUCCGUGGGCUGCGUCAACUUUGACCUCGAGCUCGGCCCCGAUCUCGAGUUUCUCUACCCGCCGCUCGGCAUCAGCAGGGAGGAGCGCGACAACAUCGCCUUCUCGUCCUUCCCCGACACGUCCAUCUUCGAUGAUGGCUCGCUCGUCUUCUCGUGGCGAGUGCGCGAGGUGCCCCUCGACUCGUCCGGUUCGGAGCCGCCGACGAUCAAGAGCAUCGGAGACGCCUUGCAGCCAGCAGCGACCGCAGCGGACGAGGAGACGCCAAGACCCUCGAUGAACAAGGCGGCGCUGCAGAACGCGCUCGCCAAGGCAGGCAAGAAGCCGCCCACGGGCAAUUUGUCCGCGUCUGGAAACCGCGAGCUGCCCGAACCGCUCAUCGGACCCGAGGGCCCGCUGCUCGCGAGCGUACCCGCCACCAGCCUCUUCGACACGUUCAAGGAGGCGCUUGGCGAUCUGUGGCUGUUGUGGGAAUGCGUGCUGCUCGCCGAGCCCAUCCUGGUCAUCGCGCCCGAGCCCAAGAUCGCCAGCGAAGCAGUGUGGCACAUGCUGGACCUGAUCCGGCCUAUUCCGUACGCGGGCGACUUUCGGCCCUACUUUCACAUCCACGACUACGACUUCCGCACGCUCGUCACCAAGAAUAAGCCGCAGGCAGGCACGCUCAUUGCUGCGACCAAUCCGUUCUUCGCCACGGCGUGUGGACAUUGGCCGCACGUGCUCCGUGUGGGCAAGGCGGCGGUGAAGCUGAUCACGUUCAAGCACAAUCCCAACGGCGGCGCGGGUGGGGCGAAGAAGGGGCCGACUGUUGGUGGGGGGAUCGGUGGUGGGCAUGGAGCGGGUGGUGGAGGACCGGACCAUAUUCCUGGCUUUACGACCAAGCGCAAGAGGCGGAUCAGUAAGGAUCGACAGCUGCUCAAGCGGCUGCAGGAUCUUGCCGCUGCUGCUGCCAAGAAUGGUGGUAGCGACGAAGCGGUGCAGGCAGCGUGUCAGGCGGCGAAUGUGACGAUGCGACGGUACUUUGCCGAUCUGACGGAGCGGUUUCUUGCGCCGUUGAAUCGGUACGUGGCCUCGUUGGUGCCUGCGUCGUUUGACCUGGGAUCGCCAUCGGAAGUGCCCAAGAUUCGGCCUUUCAACACGACGGAUUUCCUCGCGUCGCUCAAAGCACACGGGACGCCACUGGCGAUCCGAUCGCGCUCGUUACCUACGGGUGCUAGUGUGCGCCAGAGUGUUUAUGUCGACUUUCUGCGAUGUCCCAACUUUUCCCUCUGGCUGCACUCGCGCGUCGCCGCCGCAGAGGAAGAACAGCGCAGGAGGUACAUUGCGAGUCUGAUGCAGGGCGAUGUGACUGCGUUUGGCAGCACGCGGGGCGAGAUCGAAACCAUCGACCUUUACUCGCGCCUCGUCGAAGAAAUCCGCCUCGUAGACGUGCAGCUCACCACACCCACCGAACCCGGACCGGGAAGCAGGUGGAGGACAGACAAACCAGCCCCAGCUAAAGACGGAAGCGCUACGCCGAACAAGGCGGUGGUGGGAAACACCACCGAAAAGAGGCUCAGGGAUCAAAAGGCAAAACUCAUGCAACAGCUCGAUCGACUCUGCCAGACUCUGCCCGCUGAUCUCAGGUCGAGUCUGCGCAGACCGGCGUAG